GAUGUUGUCGACUUUUACAAGCGAGAGCAGCAUGUAAAUGCCACAAUGAACACUCUGACCGAAACAACUGAUGCCCAGUCGGACGCACCGCGGCGCACAAGUGGCACAGUGUACGCACUGUCGCUUGCGGGCGGGACGCUGACACUGUCAGCUCUUCUGCUGUAAGAACCUUCCCAAAAGCUAUUAACAUUCAGCUUUCUUUCUGUUCUAUUCUUCGAAACCAAGUCUCUGAAGUGUUUAUAUAGCGUCGAAGCCAGGCGGAGUAUCUAUCAAAGAGCUCGAACUUUCCUGUAUUGUAAUUAUACAUAGUAAUUCGAGUUGUUUAUGGCUGUUGUCCCCAUAUCUUGGUAUGAUCCCUAUCUUCUGUAUCCUCAGACGGGAUUUCAAUGUUGCGUUAAGAUGUUUAAUUUCGAAAAAGGAUUUCAGGAAAAAAAAACUCUUACGAAUACUUGCAGAUGAAAUUAUCUAUUGUAGACGAAGACAAGAACAACCAUUAGAAUGUGAUCGUCGGAAGGCUCAUCGUUGUACCGAAUGUACAGUUAAAACAAGUCUACCAAUGCUGGAUGGAGGACCGAUUUCGUGUGCAGAAUUUAUUUACUGCGCGGGUCCUGCUCUAGCAGCGCUGGGCCUGAGUUACAUGAGAACUCCCUCGACAUCCGGGUUUUUUUAUGGUAUGUCGGUGCGUGCCGGUCGUUUAUUUUUUUAUGGCUAUUUCAUUUGUUGCGUUUCUCGUCUGUGGUAUUCCCACUCGAAGUUCGAAAAUUCAUAACGGGCUACGAUUGUUUUUGUUCCUGUCGAUGAUCGUUUCUCGAAUUUUAUAUCACUCAGCGAAAUCCACAAAGUUAUCAUUAUCCAAGAAGCAUUGUCGAGGCCUGCUCCGGUUGAGUCCUGUUCAGUAUAAACCUUUCCAAGAAACAACAUUGAAAUUAACAAGGAGCAAUGCAAUAAUAUUGAUUGCGUCCUAGGGAUAAGCAACUAGAUCUGUUUUCGGACAGUGCAUGCCAGCGGAUUGAAAAAUGUGCGUGUUUGGAGUUUUCCCAAAAAAAAGAGAUGUAGCAACUGAUUUAUUCCCAGAUGUAGCAACG